AUUAUUUCGUUUCGUCCACCUUCGAAGGUCUUCGAAGUAGCUUUCCUCUCCAAAUUUUAUCCAGGCAUUACAAAGGAAAAAACCAAAAGGAGGAUCAAAUUCAUCUUCUCUGGUUAAGCUAUGGCAUCAAAGCGGAUCUUGAAGGAAUUGAAGGAUUUACAAAAGGAUCCUCCAACAUCUUGCAGUGCCGGUCCUGUUGCUGAUGACAUGUUUCAUUGGCAAGCAACAAUCAUGGGUCCACCAGAUAGUCCUUAUGCUGGGGGUGUUUUCCUAGUGACCAUCCAUUUUCCUCCAGAUUAUCCCUUUAAGCCACCCAAGGUAGCAUUUAGAACAAAGGUAUUCCACCCCAACAUUAACAGCAAUGGAAGCAUUUGCCUAGACAUCUUGAAAGAGCAGUGGAGUCCUGCACUAACGAUUUCCAAGGUAUUGCUAUCGAUAUGUUCCUUGCUGACGGACCCAAAUCCGGAUGAUCCAUUGGUGCCAGAGAUUGCGCACAUGCACAAGACAGACAGGAACAAGUACGAGACAACUGCAAGGAGCUGGACCCAGAAGUACGCCAUGGGCUAAAGGA